ACCGGAACCCCGCAGUCCGUAAGUAUUUGAGAAGAAGAACAGCAGAGAGAACACUGCAAGAUAUCGCAUUCUUUCUCUCUGCCCCAGUUGUCCCUUGGUCAGUCUUCAUAGUCUUCUCAAUUCUAGGCCGUAUAGCUGCCUUGGAUUCUACCCCACGCUUCCUUUGUUCGAGUCUGUUCCGCUCUGACUGUACCGCCUCAGGGUAGACAUCGUGUUAUCUGUCGCCUCGAGUCUCGCCAAGGCCAAAUCGAAUUGUAUACCUCGCACCCCGAGUCACUGACGUCCGUUUAUUUCUGCGGCAAUGGCAUCCCAAGCUCAAGCUGGCCAGCGGCCAAAGGUUCAGCCCUGUCGAUAUAAAACUGGAAAAACCCUAGGAGCAGGCUCCUACUCGGUGGUCAAGGAAUGUGUACAUAUCGAUACGGGUCGAUAUUAUGCAGCGAAAGUGAUCAAUAAGCGGCUGAUGCAGGGGCGUGAACACAUGGUUCGGAAUGAGAUCGCAAUUUUGAAGAAGGUGUCGAUGGGUCACCAAAACAUCUUAACUCUCGUGGAUUACUUCGAGACAAUGAAUAACUUGUACCUGGUUACGGACCUCGCGCUUGGCGGAGAGCUUUUCGACCGCAUCUGCCGUAAAGGAAGUUACUAUGAGUCCGAUGCCGCCGACCUUAUUCGUGCCAUCCUCUCUGCGGUGGCCUAUCUCCAUGACCAUGGAAUCGUCCAUCGCGAUUUGAAACCAGAGAACCUCCUAUUCCGCACGCCCGAAGACAAUGCAGACUUGCUUAUUGCGGAUUUUGGUCUGUCUAGAAUUAUGGACGAGGAGCAGUUCCAUGUCCUCACGACGACUUGUGGUACUCCGGGAUACAUGGCCCCUGAGAUCUUCAAGAAGAGCGGCCACGGAAAACCUGUUGAUAUCUGGGCCAUCGGUGUGAUUACGUACUUCUUACUAUGUGGAUAUACCCCCUUUGAUCGUGACUCCAACCUGGAAGAGAUGCAGGCCAUCCUUGCAGCAGACUACUCAUUUACCCCUCUCGAAUACUGGCGAGGGGUCUCGCAAACGGCAAGAGGCUUCAUCAAAGCCUGUCUCACCGUCGACCCCGACGCCCGCAUGACCGCUCACAAAGCCCUCCAGCACCCUUGGGUCAACCCUCCUUACGACACCACCAGCGACGCCCUCGGUUCUGGCGAGGAUCUCCUCCCAACGGUGAAGAAGAACUUCAACGCCCGCCGCACUCUGCACAAAGCCAUCGAUACGGUUCGUGCGAUCAACAAGCUCCGCGAAAGCGGUGGCCUCAUGAUGGACGGCAUGAUGAGCGUCGACCCCAAGCCCGAACAUGUCAACGGGAACGAAAUCGUUCCUGACCAUGGACAUCCGAACAGCGCCCGCCAUGAUCCCAUGGAAAUUGAUAGUCGCGGGAAUGCCCGUGGGCAGACGGAGGCGCAAAUCCGAGAACAGGAGCGAAGGGUCAAGGAAGCAGUGGCUGGGCUGUGGAGCAGAACUGUAAAAAGGACUGAAUGAUUAAUGAACCCCCCUUUUUUUUUUUUUUAAUAGAAAACAACCAUACCAAUCCUUGAUAUUGAUGCUAAUACCCCCUUCCUCUGAAUCAACAGUUGCUCCUUUUAUUAUUUGUCGUG